CUGGCCUCGGCAGACCAAAUAACUAACUACAAGUCUACAGCUCUCCCGUCGUGACUUCCGCCGGUCCAGACUCAGACUCAUCAGUUCCACCAACCAUCCAUCUCUCACUUAUUACUCUACUACGCCGCCGCCGAUCAUGCUUUCCGGCAUAUUCUUCCACGCCGCCAUCUCUUUCACCGCCGCCAUUCUCGCCUACUUCCUCAACCUCCCCGUCUUAACCCUCCAAGGUCUCCACACCUACAUCCAUCCCGACUCCAUCGCUGCCGCCGACGGAACAAAAGCCCUUCUUCGCCGCCCUGGCGCCAUUGCAUCCUCCUUACCCGAUCCGAAACGUCGAUCCAGAUCAAAGGAUUCCCGCCUCGCUUUCGACGAAUCCAAGGCCCAGCUCUUCCGCCUCCGCCUGGCUGAUUCCCUCCUCCCUUCUCGCCUCUUCUUCGCCACCUACCGCUCCUCCUUCCUUUCAUCCUUCAUUUCUCUUUUCAAUAUUUCUAUCUGCAUUCUCUUUCCGUUGUCGGAUCCCUUUGCCGCCAUCCCCUUCGCCGCUGUUCUCAUUUCUGCUUCCCAUCUCCUCAUCUCUCUCCUAUUCCUAUCCCUCGAACGCUCCGCCUCUCGCUUCUCGGAGCGCCGCCUUAGCCUUUUAUCAGCUCUGAUCAGCUUUCUUUUAGCGUUCAUCAUACUCAUCCGCUUGUCGCCCUCUGUCUUCGACUUCCGGAUCCCCGGCGCUGUUUCCCCUGCUGUAGCCUGUCUUGCCGGCUUUCUUGUUGGGAUCCUCUUCACGCCCGCUGCACGAGCCGCCCGGUCCUUUUGGCUUGGUACCGAUCAGUUGCGCUGGAAUCUCUCUGUUAUUUCCUGUGGAACAUUUGGUCGUGUACUCCUCUACACUUCCGUUAUCUUAAGCUUCGUCUCCCCGCUGCUUUGGGUCAAACCCUUAGCUUUGGCAGAGCGCUUCGAGGAUUGGAGAGUAUGGGCAUUGGCGGCAGCUGCUGGCUCACAGCUUCUGGUGCUCCGCAGCAAUGUUCAGAUGUAUCUGAAUGAGCCCGUGAUGUGUUGGUAUCAGCGGCUGCAUUCUAGUAGGGUUCCGGACUUGGAUUAUGGUCGGGCGAAGGUAUUUUUACACAACCACUAUGUUUGUCUUGCGGUGAUUCAAUUCUUUGCGUCGCCAGUGCUGGUAUUGCUGCUUGCUGGGUUGUCUCAGAUGAGAGGUAAUUUAUUUGGUGGCAUUCCUUUUGCUGGCGGACUAAUGAAAUGCUCUGAUAUUGUAAAGGAAAUGGCUUUGUUUAUAGCCUGGUGGAUUAUGUUUGGUCAAUCUGUUUUGAUGUUGUUAUUUCUAUCUCUUCAUAGGUGUGGUUUUGUAUUUGUUUCAUGAUUUUUGCGUCUUUCAAUAGUCAACUGUUUCUUAGCAGCACUUUGGUUCCCAUUCAUUGUACUUUAGGAUGUUAUACAAGAUGUUCUGAAAAUGGAGAUUACACUCGAUUCACAAUUCAGCUACACGUCCUUAAUGUAAUGGAUUUUCAUGUUAGAUGGAUCUGUCUUCUGUUUUUGGUACUCAUAAUGUUGAAAUCUAUGGUCUUGCCAAAGGCUAUGUAGUAAA